AUGCAGCAGCAAACUUUCCCUACAGUUGCCGUGGAGAGGCAGCAUGAAGCCUCCCCGGUCUCCGACAAGGCCUCAGAGGCCCCAAAGCUGGAGUGCAUGGAGGACCCACGCAUGGCUGAGUUUGAAGUGGUGAAGCCCCUUGGCCAGGGGCAGUACGGCAGAGUCUUCUUAGUGCGACACAAAGAGACGGGCGCGCUGCUGUGCUGGAAAGCAGUGAAGUACGGGGGGCUGCGCGCGCGGGAGAAGCAGCAGCUAGUUGCUGAAGUGAACAUCAUGCGGGGACUGCAGCACGAAAACAUCGUGCAGUACUUCGAGCACUUCGUGCUGCGGCAGCAGCAGCAGCUUUUCAUUUUGAUGGAGUUCUGCGACGCCGGCGAUCUGCAGCAGCAAAUCGAAAGGGCCCACAGGCACUUGGGGGGCAUUCCCGAGGCCCGCGUGCUGCCCGUGCUGCUGCAGCUGCUGCGCGCGCUCGCCUACUGCCACGAGGGAGUCGGCCCUGGGAAAGUGCAGGUGCUGCACCGCGACCUGAAGCCGUCGAACGUGUUCCUGAGCACGCGCAGCAGCAGCAGCAGCGCAGCAGCAGCGCAGCAGCAGCAGCAGCAGCAGCAGCAGCAGCUGGUGGUGAAG